AUGUCUGCUCAGAAAUACUACGAAGUGUUGGGUGUUGAAGCUGACGCAAGCUUUGCAGAAAUUAGAAAGGCGUUCUUUAAGGAAUCUCUGGCUAAACAUCCGGAUAAACGAGACAAAUCCGAAGCUGAGAAAGCCCAUAGGGAGUACGUUCUUAUAUCUGCCGCAUACAACGUGCUCAAAGACUCCCAGUCGAGAAGCAAGUACGAUGAAAGCUUGCAGCUAGCUAAGAAAACGAAAGAUAACCAUCCGAACAGUGAAACUAGCUGGGGUUUCAACGAGAAGAAAGAUAGAGGUGCUCGUGGGCCCCAGCCAUCCCAGUUUCCUGGCAAUCCUCGUUUCUAUGCUGACCAGGACGAGCUAAACGCUCGUAGGCGUCAGCGAGCGCGACGUGCGAACAGGGAACAGCAGAAGAAGUGGAGAAAUCAGACAGAUCCGGAUGCUCCAGAGAACGCGCGUGAAGAACAUAUGCCAUACGAAGCUCCACGUCCUGAGGCGGAUGAACAAAGCUCACCAGAAGAGGAGGCAUGGCUCAAAUUUCAAAAUGCCAAGAACAACGUCCAUGGUCUUUCUUUCGCCCUCAAGGAUGUUCUAUACACACUUUUGGAAAUCAUCCGCUCUCUCAGGAAGGUCGACGCAGUCAAGCGGCAUGCAUGCCAGGCCAGGGAGCAGCUACGUUUCAUCGAGGCUUCAUUCCACAAUCUCGAAACGGAUAUUGCUUCCGUGGAUUCGCCAGAAUUUUUGACAGAUCCUACAAUAGCCCGCAUCAACCGAAUGAUGGAUUUGGAAGAGCAUGUUCGAGGAUUUGUAGGACUACAACAUGGCCUUUCCGAGGAAUACGCCGCAGCGACAAGCAAACUCUUGAUGAAAGCCAUGAACAAGUGGGUCCAUCUUUGUAAGUAG